ACCUGGAACUGCCUGGAACAACCAUUUUGAGUUUUAAAAAUAAACGUCUAAAAACGUGGGAAAGUUGAAUUGUUAAUUAAAAACUAAUUAAGUGGUCUAUUAAGCAUGGGUGAUGAAAUUUAUUACGUUGAAAAGAUCCUUAAUCGCAAAGUGGUAAAUGGAAAACCAUAUUAUUUCAUUAAAUGGGAAGGCUAUACCGAAAGUGAUAAUACUUGGGAACCAGCUGAAAAUUUGGAUAAAACCUUAAUAGAAAUAUUUGAAGUCAAACACUAUGGAAUUAAUCGUGUUGAACAAGGAACUUUUGAUACUGAUGACUCUAAUGAUGAACUUAUGGUCCCUUUGAAGGAAAAGCAAACAGAAAAAAGUGAAGAAGAUGUUUUUAAGAAACCAGAACCAAAAUUCUUGACUGAUAAACAAGCUAGUGAAAUUGUUGUUAAAAUAGAAAGUUCAUUGGCAAAUAUGGAUCAUAAAGAGUCGCAUUACAGAAAUCAUCCGUCGAUUAAUAAUGAUCGUUUUCAUGCAAACAUAAAGAAGGAAAAUAAGCUUCACUCAUCUGAAAAUCAGGAACGAAUUAAAUUAUCUGAAAAGAAAGACAAAAAGAAUCAGUUGUCUGAAAUUAAGGAUGUACACGACAAAAAGUAUCACUCAUCAGAAAGUAAGGAACGAAAGAAUUCCUACGAAAAGAAGCAUCAUUUGUCUGAUCACAAGGAUCGAAAGGAAUCUUAUGAAAAAAAGCAUUCCUCAUCAGACAAGAAGGAUCGAAAUGAUUCUUACGAUAAGAGAGACAAAAAGCAUUAUUCUUCAGAAAAUAAGGAUCGGAAAGAGCUUCACGGUAAGGAUCAUCACUCAUCAGAGAAGAAGAAUCGAAACGAUUUGUACGAAAAGAAGCAUCAUUCGUCCGAAAGUAAAGAAUUGAAGGGAAAGAAGGAAUCCACAACGAAUAAGGCUGAUUUGUGCAAACGUGGACUUUCUGGUUACAAAUCUGGACCUGCUAAAACUAAAGAGGAGUUAAACAAACCUGGACCUUCUGGAUAUAAAGCUGGAAAAGAUGCAAAGGAGAAGAAGGUUCGUCGUGACGAUGUUAAAGUAAAGCGCCUUGACAAGACUAAGAAAUCUAAGAACAAACUUAUUUUGGAUCAUAUUCUUGGCUUUACUGAUGUUGAUAAUCAGUUGCAUUGCCUCCUUCAAUUCAAAAAUAACGUCGUUCGACGUCUUCCUCACAAAACAGUCCGCGAAAAAUUUCCUCAAGGACUUAUCGACUAUUAUGAGAAGCAUAUGACAUGGAGCUAUUGAUUUCUUGGAGCAAUCUUGCUGUUUUUUUUUUCAAUUAUUUCAGCCGUGCUUUUUCAAUUACAUAAUUUUUUUGAAUAUUGCAAGACAUUACACAUAUGAGAAUUUAUAAUACAAAUCAUUUAAAGAAAUAAUAAAUGAACUUUUCAA